UUUCAGGUGUAGAGAGGAGAGAGAGUGAACAGGGAGCGGGGCUUUUGUCUGUUGGUCUCCUUGGACUGAAGAGAGGGAGGGUGCAAGCCCAAGACUGUUAAGAUUCUCAAAAUGGUGUACCCAGACCUGUUGGUCUGGGUCAAUAAAGAGCCAUUUCCAAACAACAUGGAGGGAAGGCUUCACAAGGGGAGACUUCCUGUCCCCAAAGAAGUGAAUCGGAAGAAGGGUGAAGAGAAUGCGGCUGCCUGCUUGACUCCACUUGGCAACAGUGAACUCCUUCCCCAGAGAAUCAAUUACCUCUAUUCUUUUUAAUCAUAACACCUCCAUUUGUAUUACAUCUGGUGUAUGGGUAUUGAUGAGAUCAUGGUAUCAUAUAUGGGAUUUUUUUCUGUGUAAAUCAUCAAGUAUAAGAAGAAACUAUGGGACUCUGAGCCUUGCUUUAGAGAUUUUACAGUGGACAAAUAGGUAUCAUCAAACCAGUUUUUAAUCAUUCUGACUCAAGUGAAAAUGCUCAGAAUUUCACACUGUGAAUCCACGUUUACAAUCCCUACAGGUGGGCCUUCAGGCCUGGUUCGCUACAACAAUGUCUUCCAUAACUCAAAUUCCCUCUGCUCUCACAUAACCGGUCCACUUCUGCCUUUUCACUCACACAGCUCCCGACUGCUUCAGGCAGAGGCUGAGAGUCCCCCUAUUUUUUUUUUUUUUUUUCAUUUAGAUGUAACAAACCUAGUAGUUUUUGUUCAUCAAUUGUCUGUAUAUCUCUAUAUUUUAUCCAUGUACUCUUUUGAUGUAUAGAAGUAGUUUGAAACUCAUUGUUUCCUUGUGGUAAGUGACCGAGAUGCUGCCACAGGACCUGAGACACUGAUGAAUGGUGCUAUUUUGGACUUUCAACAUGCUCCUUGGCGAGGUAGCUCUGAUGGAGUUAUUUUUUAUUUCCAUGUUCUAAGAAGGUGUUGGUACUUUGUUUCCCUGAAUGUUGUUCUCUAGACUGGAUUGACUUGUUUUCCUUGUGUCUUCAGUGUGGCUUUCUUCUUCAGUGUUGUAGGUUGAGUAAAUGCUACCAGAGAGUGUAAGAGACGAUGUCUCAUGGGUUGGCACUCUUAAACGUGCAAUCGCUGUAGCGGGAGCAAUCACAAAACUGUAAUUUAUUUACCAAAUCUCCUUCUUUCUGUAGCCUCGCCUGCCUAACUUAGAGAAAGAAAAGCAAUAAUUUUACAGGCAUGUUUAGGUGUCUCACUGGGUUCUUUUUGUCUGAAAGGAUACUUGACAAAGGGGCAAACUCUUUUUGACAAAUGAUCUCUGAAAAAAUAAUCCAAAAAAAACUGGCAUCUUUGUAGGAAUAUGAAAAUUACUACUUCCCCAAAAGUAAGUUGGAAAAAUAACUUUAUAAAUUAAAAUUUUUAAAAAGGCAGAGCACUCUUUUUUGGCAUAUUUAAUAAGCAAGGUGUAGAGUUUACAUUUUUGUCCUUGCUCCCAAUGAAAUGGAUAAGCAAAAAUAAAAUAAGAAAAUACCAUCAACUCAUGGAAUGUUGUUGUGUUAGCCAGUCUGAAAGCCCACCUUAAUUUUUAUAUGACUGUCCUUUAGCUUUUCCUUUGACAGGACAGGCCCUGCGCUGAACUGUCUGCUUCUGACUGUUAAACACCCAUGAUGCAUGCUCUGCACUUCUUCGUUCUUUCCUCGCUCCCCCAUUGGACUGAGUUUCUUGUGCAUUGCUCCCCACCCUCCUUUGAAUAGGUAUAUCAGCUGUGUAAAUAGAACAAGAAAACAGUAUUCUGCAUCUGUGGCAUUUAAGUAGAAUUGCAGUUGUGUACUGCUGAAAACGCAGGCUUUUGUAAUCUGUGAUCUUUACGAUGCACUCACGACAAGUACCCAAUGUAUUUUAGCUAUUUUAAUAGGAUUUGUUCAAUAAAGAUGCAAGCUGUAAGGUAAAAAAAAAAAAA